GUUUAAACAAACUGAAACAAACAUGUUGCAUGUUCAUUUACCUAAAAGCUCAUGACUUUCUACUAUUAACUAUCAAACGUUUUUCCAAGCUUAUCAAGAAUUAUCAAACAAUUGAAAGUAGAAAUACUGCAAUAUUUCUAAUUCAAUGGACACAUCGAUCGAGAAAUCGAUUGUAUCGUGUCGAUUGAAAUUUUCGAUUCUCAUAUGGUUUUUCUAAUUUUUCUAGCAAACAAUGGACUAUCAAAUGUUUUUAUUUGUUAAUUCAUAACUAUCAAAUGAUUCCGCAUCGAUUUAGCCCAUGAAAAGCUAAAUCCGAUUAGCAACAAGAAAGUGACGGCCAACCGCACACCAGAUUUUGAUUUUAAUUUUCUGAAAAAAAAAAUGACUAAAACUUUUUAAUCACGUUUUUACAAGACUGUCAAACACUGUUAAACGACUGUUAAACGAUUUGGAAUAAGAAAAAGUUUAUAAAUAAAAGUUGCCCAGCCAACUUCACACAGGUAGCUCAUGAUGCACGUGGUGUGAAAGACAGUUGUGUAAAUUAUAAAAUGUCAAUGAUUAGGCUAUGUGCGUAAUUAUAAUUUUUGGACGAAAGAAACACAAUUAGAAAUCGAAUGAUUACCACUACCCGUCCAUUCACCAGGAAAAUACUUGGACACUUCGGGACAACCCGGAGCCUAAGACCAUACUCCAAGGGUUUUCCUUGGCGCGAUCCUGUACAACAAGUAGCAAAUUCAAAAAUGCCAAAAGAUAAACAAUUUAUUUUGUCAAUGCAACGACAGCGACAGAAAAUUAAAGAGAGAAAUUUCAAGGUCAUUCCGGGUAUUGUACAAUUGCAGAUACUUGGUAGUGGAGCUCGUGGAUCAGCAAGAUGCCUCUAUGUAUCAAGCGAUCAUACAAAGUACUUGUUUAAUUGUGGUGAAGGAACCCAGAGACUGGCAUUUGAGCAUCGACGUAAGCUCACAAGAGUGGAGCAUGUUUUUGUAACGACACCUACUUGGAACAAUAUGGGAGGGCUGCCAGGAGUAGCUCUGACAGUACAAGAUAAUGGUGUAUCAGAAUUUAAACUCCAUGGACCUGAAGGAUCUAUCGAUUUAUUUAAUGCUAUUAAGAAAUUUGUUAUUCUAAAGGAUUUAACUGUUCAUCCAGCUACAUGCAGUGAGCUAAAUCCAUUUCAGGAUCAAACUAUGACUGUGCACUAUGUUCUUUUAACAAAACCAACAAUUGAGAAUGAUCCUGAUGACACUGUGAAUGAUUUAACAGUUGAUAACACUGACUAUUAUUCUCAUGAACUAGCUCCAAAUGGCAAAAGGAAAUCAUAUAAUGGUGAAAGCAGUAGAAAGUUGCAAAAAACAGAGCCGCAGAUUAUAGGAGGCCGUGUAACAGGUUCUAUGGCAUAUAUUUGUAAACUACGUCCUCGACCUGGAUCUUUGGAUCUGAAUAAAUGUGUAGAAAAAGGCGUAACACCUGGUCCGGUUUUGGGUCAAUUAAAAGCUGGAAAUGAUGUGACACUUCCAGAUGGGACAUUGAUAAAAAGCGCAGAUGUCUGCACACCACAAUGUCCUGGUCCAGUAUUCAUUGUCAUUGAGUGUCCCACAGUAGAUUAUUUGGAUUCGUUAACGAACAAUGAAACAUUCAAGAACUACCAGGCAACAGCUUCUGAAGAAGACAACAUUGCAUACUGUGUGGUUCAUUUUACGCCAGAAGAAGUCCUUAAAAAUCCACGUUAUAAGGAAUGGAUAAAUAAAUUUUCCCAGAAAACACAACACAUAAUAAUUAAUGAAGAAAAUGAGUGUAUAGGCAGUGAAGCAGUUCACAGAAUUCAACAUAAGCUGCACCUUCUUCAUCCUGAAAUAUUUCCAUUCUUUGACAGCAUUACAUUUGAAAAGAGUGAAGAGGCAAAUCCCCCAGAACGAAUUUCACAAGAUUCUGUAGAAACCGAAGAAAUUAAUCCUAUAAUUCAUCGUGUCAAAACUCUUCAUUCUAUAAAUCUGCGUCCAUUGACUGGAUUGGAUAAAAGUUUAGAAUUAUCUAUUAGUCCAAAGCAAUAUGUGGAUGAAGCAUUCGCUGUGGAUGGUUUCCUGGAUGCCUUAGCAGAACUCCAAACAAAUAUUGCAGCAACAAGUAAAUCCCUAAUCAAUGCACCCGAAUACCCAAAGGUUUUGAUGCUAGGAACCGGUUCCUGUAUACCAAACAAAGUUAGGAACACCAGUGGCAUUCUUCUAAGACUUGAUAAGGAAUGCAGUAUUUUACUAGAUUGUGGAGAAGGAACAAUGGGUCAGAUAAUUCGAUUUUAUGGAAAAUCCAACGCUACCCGUAUUCUUAAAACUAUUAAGGCUGUUUACGUAUCGCAUUUACAUGCUGAUCAUCAUAUCGGUUUGAUUGGAUUGCUAAAAGAGAGAGCACGAGUAACUGAGGAACCACUAUUUUUAAUUGCACCUGAACAAAUUUCUGCAUGGCUUCAACUUUACCAUAAACGAUUCGAGUCUAUCUUGGAUCUGUACAUCCUGGUGCCUAAUUCGUAUAUUCUUUUAAAUGAACAUGGAUUAUCCAACGCGAGAGAAAAAGAAUUGUACAGUGCACUGAAUGUGCGAGAUAUUAGCACUGUACGGGUGAAGCACUGUCCAUUUGCAUAUGGUGUUGCUGUGACUGACAGUGCUGGUAAUAAAAUUGUUUACAGUGGAGACACUGUACCGUGUGAUAACUUAAUAAAAUUAGGAGCUGAUUGUGAAUUAUUAAUACAUGAAGCUACUAUGGAGGAUGACAUGGAAGCUGAAGCAAGAAUGAAACUUCAUUCAACAAUUUCCCAAGCGAUAACGUCUGGCAAUAAUAUGAGAGCAAAAUUCAUUUUGCUAACUCACUUCAGUCAACGCUACUCAAAGAUGCCUCGCAUCCCAGAAGAUUCUCAGGGAAAGAAUUUUGAUAACGUUGGAAUAGCUUAUGACAAUAUGCUAGUAAGCUUAGCCCAACUUCCGAUACUUCCUCUACUGUAUCCCAGCUUGAGACUGAUGUUCAGUGAAUUUUGUGUAUUGCUUGAAGAAAGAGCAACGAAGAGACAAUUAAGAUUGGAAAAACUGAAUCAGGAAUUUCUGUAGUUUAUCGAAUAUCAAAUGUAACAACUUAAAUGAUCUUAAUCCAUGUGUAAAAAUAGCUUAAUAGAAGUCUAGGAUUUGUAAAAAAAAAGGGAAGAAAAUAAAAAUGAAAUGGUGAAAGAGAA